GGAACCGCCCAGCACCAAGGCGGCGGCCGCCAUCUUCUAGCGGCGCCAGGGAGCUCGGUGCUGCCAUCGCGUGGCUGCCGGCGGGCGGGAGCAGGGCUGGGGCAGCAGGGCUGGGGCAGCAGCGCUCCGCCAUCGCGGCUGGGAGGGGGCCGGGCCGGGCCGGGCUUCGCUUCGUUUCUCGUCCCUGCAGUGUCCGGCCUCCCCGUGGAGUCGCUCAGCGGAAACAGGAACGAAACCCGCCCACGGAGGCGGGACUCCGCCAGCGAUCCAUUACCGCCCGCGUCUCGCCUGGCGCUGGCCCCUCUAUAGGCCUCGGUACCAUGGACCCGUUUCUGACCCUGCUGUAUUCCUUUUCCUCGAGCUUGUCGGCCGGGGAGCUGCGUGACCUGAAAUUCCUCUGCCAGGACAAGAUUGGGAAGAGGAAGCUUGAGUCUGUCCAAAGCGGCGCGGAGCUCUUCAACUUCCUCCUCGAGCAGCAGGUGAUAUCAAGCCACAAUGUGGACUUUCUCAAAACGAUGCUUAUGGUCAUUAAAAGAGAAGAUUUGACCACACGGCUAGAACAUUUUGUAGAGGAAGGAGAAGCUAAUGUACCUGAUGAUCAACCAGAUGUGAAUGAAAAACGUCUGCAGAAGGUAGCUAUUGAAGUCAUAUGUGAAAAUGUUGGGAGAGACUGGAAAAUGCUGAUGCGGAAACUUGGCUUUUCUGAAGUGAAAAUGGACAGAAUAAUAGCAGCUAAUCCCCUUAAUUUGAAGGAACAAUUGGUUCAGUCACUUCGAGAGUGGCAGAAAUGGAAGGGGAAAGAUGCAAAGGUGACUGACUUAAUAAAAGCUCUUCGAGACAGUAACAUGAACUUGGUGGCAGACCUAGUUGAACAGAAGCUCAUGCAACUGAACAUUAAAACCAAGUGAAAUCAGUGUAAAAACUCAUUCACAUCUGUGAUGUGAAAGUAAAAAACAGAAGUGCCUUCUCAUGUUCAAAACCAAAAUCACUGUCAUUGGUUCUAUUAAUUCUGUCAUUCAUUCAUGUGCCUUAAAUUAAUAGCUUAAUUUGCAGUCAGAUUAAGACUAACAAAAACAAAUUCCUUUCAGGUAAUGCUUUGUAGCUGAUGCUUCCCUUUAAGUGAUUUUAACAUUCAGAAUAACUAAACUCGCCUGUGUAAAAAUCCUUACACUUUAGUUCAGCCUCUCACCUGAAAAUAAUAUUUGCUUUAUUGCAAGUACUUCUCCGGUAACUUCUCUGUGAAUACAUCCAUGGGACACUUGUGAAGGAGCUGUAAUUUAAAACUUGAUAGGGAGGUGGUUUUUUUUUUUUUUUUAGUGGCCUGUUUGUAACUGUAGUGUGAAAGGGGUAAGGAGGUAGAGCUCUUUGCUGUGUAGUGGGUCUUCUUUUUGUUUUAGGUGGCAUAUAUUAUCUUACAUAAUUUGUUGAGUACCUUUAUUAUCAGCAGAAGGAUGCUAAGAAGACUGUAACCUCAGUCUGUAAGAUGGCAGUGCAAAAGCGCUAAUAACUAUUGUUGUGGUGCUUCUUUUUUUUUUUUUUUGGCAGAAAAUAUGCUCAGUUUGAAAAUGAACUUGUUGAAAUCAACUGUCUGUAUCAAGUGCCUUCACGCAGAGAAUCAGAAUGGUAGAGAUUGGAAGGGACCUAUAGAGGUCACCUUAUCCAGCCCUUCUGCUCAAGCCGCAGCACCACCUAGAGCAGGUUGCCAAGGACCUUGAACAUCUCCAAGAAUGGAGACUCCUCAACAUCUCCAGGCAAACUGUGACAGUGCUCUGUCACCUGCAGCAAAUAAAAAUUGUAAAGUGCUUCCUGAUGUUUAGAUGGAAAACAUCAUCCUGAGGGAAAUGUUCUCCUGAAACUAUCAAAGAAAUUUUAAGCAUCUCACAAAUGUUUACAGCACUUUUUUUUAAUGCCUUGAAUGUUUUAAGAUUUUUCAUAUCAAGUUAUCUUGAAAUAGGAUUGUUACUGCAAAUAUCCUUCUAACUACAUAAAUAGAUACCUGAAGGGAGAGGCAUCAUUUUUGCUACUGUACCUGUGUGACUUAGCCCCUUUCAAAUUCUUGUUACAUGAUGCUAUCACUGUGGAAGCUGUGUGUCAGAAUGUAAUGCAUCACUACUGUUUGUGACACAAUUUUCAAGUUUUUGUUGAAUUUGGUGCUUUUAGUGUAGAAGGGAAACCGCUGUAAUGUGAACUUGACUUUUUAUUAGAGUUUUUUCUUGAAAAAUACUUGUGAGAAUCAUUUUAAUCCUAGUGUGCUAAAUAUCAGUGAUGAUAUGCAAGCAAAGGAACAAUGUGUAACAAAAGUUUCCACCUGUCUGUUUUUUUGGCAUGUGCAGUUCCUUAAGUACUCCCUUCGAUACUUUGUCAGCAUCGGUUGUCAAUUCCAAAGUUCUUGUAGGAGAUGAAAUGCUGCACUUCAACUAAAUGACUAGCUCAAAAGUUUUAGUGACUUCUAAUAGACUUGGUCUUCAUUCUACAGUAUUUGAAUAAAAUUUGCAGACUUUUUUCUUCAAGCAUCUAAGCUAUCUUUCUGAGCAGAGUAGAAGAGAAAUUAGCAAAAUGAGUUGUGAUGAAGCAGCUCUGCAACAGUUCCAAGUUCAAUCUGUCCAGUGUUUUCCUUACCUACUUGUCCUAAGUUUUCUGGUUCACAAAAGAUAAACAUAGCAGGAAUAUUAAAAACUAUACUGCCUACUACAUAUUAUCAGGAUAUUUUAAGAAUCAGUAGGAACAGCUGUUGUAGCCAAGUGCUCAUCUGCAAGAAAUGUUCUGCCUCAAGAUGCGAAACUCAAGGAUUUGUACAUAGUGGUUGUUUGAAAGCGAAGACCUAGACUGCAGCAAUCUCUUAGUACUUCAGGACCAAUUAAAAACUAUUUUUAUUAAAGAUUGAAAAGGUGAUUGUGAGAAGAACAAAAUCAAGUGAAACAAAAUCUUUUUAGUUUUAGAAGAGUGUAAUUCAUAAAGAAAUGCGUUGUCAUCUGGUCAGCAAUCUUUAUUUUCAAAAUCAGUAUUUUGGACUCACUUUUAUAGCUAGAAUUAAAGUUUUAUACUGUAUAAUUUUGUGCAUAUUUCAUUAAAACUAUUUCCUUAAAUUAGAUGGAACUGUUUCUUUGUUUUAUAGAAUUGCUGUCUAUGAUGAGAUCUCUAAUUAGGAGAAAAUAAACGCUAAGGACACUUUUAAAGAAAGGAGUGGUGCUAAACAGGUCUUAUAUUACCAUGUCACCCUCGGAACAUCAAAAAGGAGAAGGGGAGAAAAAGGAGAAAAAAAAUGAUAAUAAAUGCAGGAGUAGCUUUUGAAUGCUGUUGCUUGGGAAAAAUUCUCUGCCAGCCCUUAGGAGCCUAAAAUUGAGUGUGAUGUAUGCAUGGGAGACAGGCCGUCAAUAAAUAACUGUAUUAAAAUUGUUUUCCUUAUUUUUCUCCACUAGUCAUGCUCUGGUAAGGGUGUUGUAGUUGUUUUAUAAUUAAUUAAAAUUACAGUUUAUGCCUCCUUUCUAAACCUGCAGGGUUCUACAGGAUGUGUUCAGAAGUUAAAUUGAUAGACGCUUUGGUGUUCCCUGAAGUCUAUACUAGCACUAGAGUGUUAGCAUGUACUUAGAACUUUGAAUGCAUAAGGCAAAUGACUUCACCAAUUUUAUCAAAUUCUUUCUUCAAUACUCUGCAAGAAUGUCUGCCUGCAUAUCUGCUUUUUAUUUUUAUUUUUUUAAUUUCUCUUGAGAGUCUUUGUUUCCUUACAGCCUUCAAAAGACAGCACAUCAAAACGUUGAUAGUGAAAACUACUCUCUCAGGAGAAUUCUUAUUUUGGUGGAUUGUUUUUUCAGGUCCCUUUGCAGUCUCUGAGUACUUGCUUGCCAUUUCCCACGAUGCUUGAAAAUAUCACUAAUUAUAUACUGCACAUUGUGAUGGCUUUUUUUUUUUUUUCAGAAGUCGCUUAUUUUCAUGACAGAAGUAAAAGAAAUUUUCUAGACUUUUAAUUAAAAUUACUCUUA